AUGUCAAAUUUUGGCGACAGUGAAGCGGAGGAAGAUUCUCUGGAUGAAAGUCUGUCGAACAAAAGCGACGAUGAGGAAGACGAAGACGGAGAAGAAGAAGAUGGAGGAGAGGUUAUGAACGACGAUGCGAACGAUAUUAUAAAUGACGAAGAAGAAGAAAGUGGCGGCGAAGAAGAAGAGGCGGAGGCUCAUCAUCAUCAUAGAAAAAGACCAAAAGGUACAAUAAAUACGUUAAGCUGUCCUCAAAGUUUCCCGGAAAGUAUUCUUUAUUGUGUCGAAGCGUAUUCAGCUGUGCUGAUUAAGCUUUCGUUGUGAUUGUUACAGAAGAUGACGACCUGGACGAAGAAGAUUUGUCUUUGAUCGAAGAAAACCUAGGCAUUAGUAUAAAGCGGGUAAGACGAUUAAGUACUGUAAAUUUAUGUUGAAAGUGUCUUAUGGAGUCGAGAAACUGUAUUUUUCUUGAAUAAACUACACCGUAGCUAUCAUGCUUUGUCAACAAUUCUGGCACUCGAUCCUUGAAACACUUACACAAACAAUAACUCCAGUUCAAGGAGACUUCAUCGCUGGCAUAAUGAUACCUGUGCUAUACAGCAAAUCUCUGUUCUGUGAUUUUAGAAAAAACCUCGGUUGAAGAAAGUGAAAUUGCUUGAUUCAGAUGAAGAAGAGGAGGACCAGGAUGACAGGGAAGCAAUUGCAAAUGAACUUUUUGAGGGAGAUGAGGAUACAGCUGAGGUAAUUUGAUUAAAUGUUGUUCAUAUUUAGUUGGAUACAAAUAGUUCACAGUCAUUUCCAUACAAAGUUGUUUCGAUACAAGCUUAUUCAGUCAAGGUGUAAAUAGUUCCACUUCCUUGGCUUAAAGAAAGAAGAAUAUUCACGAAAUGAUAUUUUUCUUGCUCAUGUGCAAACUACACAUAUACUUGAAGUGAACAAAAUUUUUGUGCAAUUUUACUGCUUGAGUUCGCUUCAAAACCACUUGUAUUAAAACGAUUUUGUGUCAAAAGCAGACUAUCCAUUGAAUCAGAGAAUUCACCUGUCUGAUAUAUCACAGGUUAAGUCUGGUCUGAGGUUCAAUCACUAUUGAAAUAGUUAAAUUUGUCCUCUUUCCCUGUUAGUAAGUGUUUAAUCUAAGAAAUAAAUUCAUGCACUCUUUGUCAAAAUUUUAAUAAUUUCUCAAGCCAUUAGGUGAGGGAAAUUAUCAGAAUUAGAAGUUAUUUUUUAAUUUCACCCACCAUUUGAUUACCAGAUAACAUCAUGGUUGACAAAUUACUCUUAAAGUAAAUUAUUGUGAGUGUUUUAUUUGUUUAUUCAGGGCUCGAAAUUAAAAAAAAAGUGGAGUCGCAUUUUUGCGACCGGUUAAGAAAAGUUAGUCGCAAAUUCUCAAAAUUUAGUCGCAAAGCAUAAGUUAAUUAUUAAUAAGUACUUUGACUACUAAAUUAAUAACUCUUUGAUUUCAGCAGCUUUUAUUCAUUUUUAAUGAUGUCUGAAAAACAGUUUCUGAAUUACUUUGACGGCACAAUCAAGAUCAUAAAUUACAACAUUCAAUCGAUUUCGAAAACGUACAGUCCACACAAAUAAUCCUGUUAAAUGAUAAUUUGUACUCAAGUUAAAAUUCAAUAAACAAAACAAUCAUUAAUCUUAUUGUCUCUUAACGAUGUGAAAUCCCCGUAAUGUUUCCCCUCGCUAAAUACACCAAGCUCUUAAUUAUGAAACAUGCUUACAGAAAUAGCGCAAAGCUUGUGUCUACAUUGACAUUUUCAAUACUUUCACCUUUCUGUUCCACUUGUGCCUCAAAAUGGCAAAGUUUAUGUUUGACUGUGAGUUAUAUCUUAAAAGAACUUUAAAUCAAGCCAAACUUCAACUUCAACUUUACUUAAUAAAAAUAUUGAUUACAAUAGACAGGCCCGCAAAAAAACAAUUGCUAAUCUUGGUGGAUCAGUUAAAAGAAAAAUGAGAUUAAAGGAAAAGAAAAGGAAGGAAACUAUUUUAGGUUACAAUAAAUAAUAUUUGUAUCAUAGUUUUAUUUUAAUAUUAAAUCUACUAAGGAAAGACAAAAAAGGAAUUGACAGAGUGCGAAAAAAAAAACAAAUACUUUUGUACAGAAAUCACUUAACUGUUGAUCUAAUUAUUAAUGACAUCUCGAUAUAGUCAUCUUCUCUUUUUAAGAUAACAAAAAGCAAUCUGUGAAGCACCUUGAUAACAGAAAGAUAUCGCAAUCCUCGCAAAGAUUUUUUUUUUUUUUUUUAUAUUUUUUAAUUAAAACAUUUCUUACGUUUACAUACAAAAUAGAAAUUAAGAAAGAGAAAAAAAAACACACACACACGCACACACACACACACACACACACACAUAUAUAUAGUACAAACAAAAAAAAAAAUUACAAAGCUAAACAAAGCUAUUACAGCAAUACAGUUACUUAGCAUGUAAAUUACAAUGACAUCACUUUAAACUAAUUGUUGAAAUUAAUCAUAACAUCACUUUUACGUAAAAACGCUUAUUAACUUUUCCCACUUUCUAAAAUGAUUGUCUAAUUUGUCUCUUUUCCUGGCAAUAUGGAGUUCGAUGUUAUAAAUACGCCUUGUCCUGGCUAUAAAACCUUGAAGAGAAGGUAUACCAUUCUGGUAUUUCCGAGAGUAAAUAUAAAACUUACCCAGAAGCAACAUAUGGUUAAACAGGAGAAAAUCUUCUGCAAUAUCGAACUUACCAAAAAUGACGUCCUCCUCUUUAAGGUUAUCAACAGAGAUGUUAUUAUCGCGCAACCAGGACAAGACAUGUUUCCAAAAACUAGAUGAUACUCUAGUACUCUACUCGCAAAGUUUUUGGAACAAACACACAUGCCACUGAAAAGCCGCCAUGUUUGUUUUCAGCGAUUCACAGUGAUCAAACGUGGCGUACGUGCACAGUUCCCGCCAAACUGCCAAACUCUUAAAUUAUUUCUGACACCCUUUAUGAUUGUUAUCUAUCUAGUUUCCAGGCUCACAAUUUUGUUGCACAUUACCAUAAAAUUGUUAUAAUUUUUUCUGAAAAAAAGUUUUUCACAUUUUAUCGUCAAAAAAUGAGGUUCAGUUUUUGGGUUGUAGAAAUCAGUCCCCAUACAUGAAUUACCUACGUGUUUAUAAGAGAACCGCUGUAAUGGCAUCUCAUCAAGCUAAUUGUGUAACGUUGUUUAUAUGUUGUGUUGUUUGGAACUUGAGCAGGAUUUUGUCUUUACAUUGUCAAAUCUCCACAACAAGUAGGACACAGUUUAUUUCUUUAUUAAUUUAGGCGAAAACUGGUCACAAAGUUGUAAAUGCUGAAGAAGUUUUAGUCGCAAAGGGAGAAAACUUAGUUGCAAAUGCGACUGAUACAGUCGCAAUGUCGAGCCCUGUUAUUGUCUUGAGAACUCCACAUAAUAUUAAAAAGGUGAAAGUAUGUAUUUUGGUGAAAGUGCAAAAUUUUCAAAAUUUUUCAACAAAAUAUCCAUUAGUAUUCUUAUUGUACGCACAGGGAUUUCGCUGAGAAGGCAAAAUCCUGAGUAGGCACUCUCUAGUAGCUCGUGCAUGUAUUAUGAAGGUCUUGCUCAGGUCGUAAACCCUUACCAUCUUAAUCCUUAGCAUUGUUAAACUGGGAGGCCAUCUAGGCACUGCAAUAUGUAUACACUAUGCCCCCUAGGGAUGUUUUGUGGGAGAGACAUCUGCGAUUCAGCCCCAAAAUUGACAUGAAUCAGUGUUUACAUAAUUGAUCUAGUAGUCACUGGGUUCCAGAUGUAAAUUGGUUUGAGUUUAUCUUUCUUCUGGUGUGUUAUUGUAAACUUUUGAGUUCUUCUGCCAAGGAAUGGCAGCAGAACUCAAAUGCUUCUUGUACGUGAGUUAUGACUGUGUUUCAGUUGGUUCAGUCCGUCUACAUUUUGAUCUUUGUGACCUCAUGUCUUUUGUCUGUCAUUCAUAAACAAUAGCUCAAAGAAUAA